AUGGCUGAUGACGCUCCUGCGGCGGAGGAGGCGCCUAUCACCUUCACCGUCAAAGCAUCCAACGAUGCUAAGUACACGCUUACUCUCCCUCUCUCUACUCAGGUCUUAGAGCUCAAGGAAAAGCUUGCUGGUUCUGAAUAUGCAGAUACCCCCGCUCAGCGACAGCGUUUAAUAUACUCUGGUCGAGUGCUCAAAGACAACGACACCUUGGCUACCUACAAGAUUAAGGAUGGCCAUACGAUUCAUUUGGUAAAGAGCGCAGCCAGCAAUCAACGUCAGGGUCAAACUUCUGCCAGUGCAGCUACUUCUGUACCCACUGGUGCGGCUAGUCAAGCAGCCGCUGGAGUUCCGACCAAUCUCGCUGCUGGCACCGGCAAUAACCCCCUGGCCGGGUUGACAGGCGCACGAUACGCAGGGUUUGCGCAACUUCCUGGUGCUGGCUUAUUUGGUCCAGACGGUGGGAUGGGACCGCCUCCUGACUCUGAGAGCAUGCUCGGCAUGCUCGAAAACCCUCAGUUUCAGUCCACGAUGAACGAGGCCCUCCAGAAUCCCGCGAUGAUCGAUAUGAUGAUCCAGCAAAACCCCAUGCUCCGCGAGUUGGGUCCCGCAGUACGACAAAUGAUGCAAAGCCCGGAAUUCCGACGCAUGUUAACAGAUCCCAACUCUAUCAGACAGGCGAUACAGUUUCAAAGAGCCAUGGGUGGGCAUGGCGGUGCCGGUGCUGGUGGUGGCGCAUUCCCAGCGCCCGGGGUAACAAAUACUACUCCUCAGGAGAAUAGAGACUCUCAGUCGGGUGCCCAGAACAACGGAAAUCCGCCUGCCCCAACGCUGAAUCCAUUCAUCCCCGCAGCUCUUGGAGCGGGUAAUCCUUUCGCAGCCCUGUUCGGGGGGAAUCCCAAUAUGGGUACUAACCCAACGCCGACUGCGCCAACCGCGACAGGCAGCGAGCAGACUGACACUCCGCAAAGAGCAGCUGGGGGCACGGCAGCUGGAGAAGGGCAGAAUCCCUUGGGCUUCCUGUUGAACCCUGGUUUGUUUGGAGCAGCACCGAACACGGCUCAGGCAGGUCAGGCCGGCUUCAACCCGUUCAACCCACAGCAGAACCCGUUCCUUCGUGACCCGGCGUUGCUGUCACAAGUGAUGCAGAACAUAGGAGGCCAGCCAGGUGAAGGCGGUGCGGCAGGCGCAGCGAAUCCUCUAACAGCUCUUUUCGGGGGAGGGGCCGGGUUUGGUGCUCCGGCACCACAGGACAAUCGGCCACCAGAAGAAAGGUACGCAGUACAACUUGGUCAACUCAACGACAUGGGAUUCUAUGAAUUUGAGAGGAACGUAGAAGCUCUGCGUCGGGCGGGAGGUAGCGUGCAGGGGGCGGUGGAGUAUUUGCUAAGUCACCCGUCGUAA